AUGUCGGCUUCCAGUUUGAAAUAUUUGCUGCAUGAUUCUGCGAAAUUGGUACCCGAACAGUAUGUAGGAGAAUUCUUUGCCAAGAAGGCGCGUCAACAGCUCCAGACUUCUGAAGCCAGCGAUCAGAUUGGUCGGAUCCAGACGCUCUGCACACUAGUACUGUAUGAGGUUCAUCGGGGCAAUGGCGUACAGACGUGGUCUGAGAUAGGUUUGGAUUGUUUCGUCGCGAAGAAACUCCUCCGGCUGAUUCUUUUUGAAGCAUUCACGAGAAGCCUCAUCCAACUUUCUGAGGCAACGCAACAAAUCACCUCAGAGGACAUGGAAGAUCUGGAGAUUGCAGAAAUGUUCCUCAGAUUGAUGGAACUACUACAUGGAGUCGGGAAUUCGCUGCUACGAACGAGCUUGUAUGACUACGAAAGGGGAUGUUGGACGAAAUCACAUGCAACGAGACAACUCGCACACCUACUCGAGUUACAGCUUCGCAUUCAGAACUUUAACGAUGGGCGACUGGGACUGUCGAUGCAACCUCACUGGCAUUCGAAUUCCGCCUUCCGGAGCCUGCAGUCAGAAUUGGACGACUAUUUACUCCAGCAGCCAGACGACCUCUGUUUAACGCGAGAUAUGCUACAUCGAUGGAUUGAUCAAGGUUUCAUCGACCGCGUCCACUGUGCUUUGCUGUGGCAUUGUUGCGUAAUGGUGCUCAAUAGAGUCUUUCUUCCCAUAAGAACAUCAAGUAUCAAGGGAUCUAAGUUCCAGGAAUAUCCGAUGGCCCCGAAGCACUUCUUGGUCGAACGAGAAAAUGUCUGUACCGCAAGUGCGACAACUACGCCCUUAAUGGGAUACAGCUGUUACCAUAGCUCUCUACUCUUGCUUGAUCGGUUGCAUGACUCUUCAGGUCAAGACUGGACAGAUGCUAUGCAAAAUCUGUCGAUCAAUUUCGCAAUACUGGGUGCCAUGAGAAGCUUUUAUCCUCCGACAGAACUCUGGAUCGAGACUUUGUUGAAAGUCCAGGGGCACAGGAUCCAGUCAUCACAGGAAGGAUCUUCGGCAUUGUUCAGCCACUAUUUCCGUCGAUUCAGAGAGUUGAAGGAACCCGCCCUGAUCCCGAUCCAGGCAGCUAAUCAGGAAGUUCAAGCUGAAUGUGAUAAUUGGUCUCGACGACUGGGAGAAAAUCACAAUGACACCAUUUCUGCGGGAGAGACUUCGUUGCGAUCUGCGAUACCACAAAGGACGUGGCUCGAUGAGUACCAAACAAUACUAGAGGAACAGAUGGCCGGCUACGCCACAGUUGAUGAUGAGUCGCAGAAUCUUGCUCCCUUGCAGCGAUCUGACACCGACAGGACUCCCAAUUCGAUACCGAGUCGGCCGCAAGACAGUCUUUCCCAUCUGGCUCUGUCUCCAUCGGCAAAUGGUCAACUUCCAACGACCCAAGACCUCACUCAGUGUUGCGAUGCCGGUCUCCAGCCGGAGGGGCAUAGUACUAGUACUAGUUUGGUCGCAACCAACGUGUCACUCACAGAGGAAGUUACCCAUGCGAAUGUGGGAUCGACGGGCCAGGCAUUUCCAGAACAUCGUUUCCGUGGCGCCACCCACGAGUCGGCGCAAGGGGAACUCACAUUGCACAACACAUGGAUACAACCACCAUUGCCCGAAUUCUCUGAUGAUUUCGACGUUGAGUCAUUACUCUUUGAGCAGUUGGGACAGGGAGAGUCAUGGGUUGUGACGCAAAGGCCGGCAUGCAUGGGACAAUGGAGCCUAGGAGCUCAUUUUGGAAUGAUGUCGUAA